CCCCGGCCCGCUUCCCGGCCCCCCCGCUUCUGUUGGGCCCGGCAGGAUGAUCAAGCUCUUCUCCUUGAAGCAACAGAAGAAGGAGGAGGAAUCGGCGGGCGGCACCAAGGGCACCAGCAAAAAGGCCUCGGCCGCCCAGCUCCGCAUCCAGAAAGGUGAGCGGGAGCCGGGGAAACCCCCCCCCGGCACCGGCCAGGCCUCACCGGGAGACCCCGGGCCCCGCCAGUCUCUCCCCCAGGGCUUCUACAAAGGAGGGAAAUUCGUCUUCAGUUUUAAGGUCGGCCAGGGCUACCCCCACGACCCGCCGAAGGUGAAGUGCGAGACGAUGGUUUAUCACCCCAACAUCGACCUGGAGGGCAACGUCUGCCUCAACAUCCUCAGAGAGGACUGGAAGCCCGUCCUGACGAUAAACUCCAUCAUCUACGGCCUGCAGUACCUCUUCCUGGUGAGCACCAUGGGGGGCAUGCGCCAGCGGGUUGGGGGCAACCAACGUGGCCCUGGGACACCUCCUGGUGGCCUUGGGACAUGUUCUAAGGGCCUUUGGUGGCCCUGGGACAUCUCCUGGUGGCACCUGGUGGCCUUGGGACAUGUUCUAAGGGCCUUUGGUGGCCUUGGGACACCUUGAGAUGGCACCCAGUGGUCCUGGGACAUGUUCUAGGGCCCUUUGGUGGCCUUGGGAUAUCUUCUGGGUGUGUCUGGUGGCCUUAAGAGGCACCUGGUGGCCUUGGGACACCUUCUAAGGGUCCUCAGUGAUAUUGAGAGACCACAAGGUGGCACCUGGUGGCCCUGGGACACCUCCUCGGGGCAUCUGGUGGCCUUGAGACGCCUUGUAGGGGCACCUGGUGGCCUUGGGACACCUCGAGGUGGCACC